UGGACAAUAUCUAGGAUGUGUUUGAAUCUGGGUCAUGUGCAUCCAAAAACUAGGUCACCAGGUUACAUCUUACUAAUUUAGAGGCCUCAUUUAUGACUCAAUUUUGGUAAAAAUUUGUCAGAAUUUGCUUAUCUUGACAAGAUUAAUUUUAAAUUAAAAUCUUUGAUAGAAGUUAGGUAUUACAAAUGGAGGUAAAUGGUUUAAUAAAAACAGACUUGUCUAAUUGUGACAAGCUGUACAUAAUAGUAACACUCUUUGCCUUUACAACUGAACAUUAGUACAGGGACAAUUCAUUAUCUGAUAAAGCUGCACACUUUGAUACCCACAUGACAUACAUGUAUACACAAUGCGUAUUUUUGAUAAUAUUAUCAUACAAUCAUAUCAGUUUAACCUAAAAAAAGCUUUAAAUUGGUCAUUGUUUUAGGCUAUUGAGAAAGUUUAGAUUUAAUUGUUGUAGAGACAUUUUUUUAAACAAUUUUAAUUCUUUCAUCCAAUCUUUCAUUUAUGUGUGAAAUUGUCCCAUAGUGUAUCUACAAUUCUUUAUCUCACGAGAUUGCAUUUUUUGUGAGGCAAGGAGGACAGUGUGGAGUGUUUAAGUUAUAUAAGUGAUUUAGUCUAGACAUUUGGCAUAGCAAGUCUGUUAAUAUUAAAACAUGGCAGCGGCAUCAGUGUCUUUAAAAUCAUAUGGUUCAGAGACAAUUACAGCCUAUUCUUGCUCAACAUGUAAGAAUAAAAACAUUAAGACUGAGGCAAGAUCUUACUGUAAAAUUUGUGACUUUUGCUUUUGUGACAAAUGCGUAAAUCUACACAAUCAGUUGUUUCAAAAUCAUGUCACUUAUGGGCCUAAAGAAAUGGAGGAGUGGCCGGUUGCCAUCGCUACACAGAAGUUUCUUGAGAACUGUGAAGUCCAUAAGGGGAAGAAGCUGAAGCUGUUUUGUGAGGACCACAGCCAGCUGUGCUGCAAUAAUUGUGUUCUGCUGAGUCAUCGUCAGUGUUCAAAGGUUACCUUGAUUGCUGAUACCACUCUGCCUGUAACAGACCACCAGCAGUUGUCAGACAAGAUUAACUCCAUUCUUGAUCAACUUAUAAAACUGCAAAUAAAUUGGGAAAGCAACCUGAAGUCACUGCAAGUGUCAUAUGAAGAGAGGCUUAUAGAGGUGAGAAGUAUGAGAAAGAGAAUAAAUGACACCUUAGAUAAGCUGGAGGAGACCACACUGAAGGAAAUGGAUGAACUGAACGCCAGCUGGAAUGCGUCUCUCAAGUUUGAUGUUGACACAUGCUCCAGGCUUCGUACUGAGCUGACUUGUCUUUGUGAUGCAAUAAAGAAAAUUGGCAAAAAGAACAAAGAGCUGGCCUUCAUAGCCCAUCAGAAAAGUGAAGAGAUGAUAAAACAAGUGGACAAAUAUCUAAACAGAAAUUAAAUACAGACAGAAGUGUCCUUAAAGUUGAUUGUUUACAAUGACAUUAACAAAUUUUUAUCCAACCUAUCAGGUCUUGCUAAUACCAUAAACAUCACAAAGGAAUUGACCAAGCAGGGGAGUCCAGACCAGGCUAUUAUAGUCACAGGGGCAACUCCAGUGAGUGUGAGAAUACCAAGUGAUACUAGUACGUCAUAUACUAUCUAUGGAAUAUGUGGUCUGUUCAAUGGUCAGAUACUUGUUGCAGAUGUUAAUAAUAAAAGAUUGAAGCUGUUGGCCCUGCAGCACAAGGUGGUCAGUGUCUGUGAUAUGCCCGACUCUCCAUAUGACAUGUGUCUGAUCACCCCCUGCCAGGUAGCAGUCACUGUGGGCAGUUGUAUACAAUUUGUCUCAGUAAAAAGUGGACAGCUGGUUAAGGACAGAAGACUACAGCUACCACAUAUUUGCAUAGGAGUUGCACAUCACCAGGGGGGCCUGUAUGUAACCUCCCGCACUGCUCUGUACAAGUACACUCUCACUAGCACACUGAUGAACAAGAUGUAUGAGGAUACAUCUGCAGGACAUACAGUGUACAAGUUUGCAGUGAGUCCCCGUGGUGACAGGAUCUAUGUUACCAACCCUAACCAACACAAGCUACUCACCCUGGCCAGGGAUGGGACUGUUAUCUCAACAUUCACUGACACAGAACUACAAAGCCCAUGGGGAGUUCAUCUGACACCUGCAGGACAAGUGCUUGUUUGUGGAAAAGCGUCCGACACUGUCAUACAGGUGG